UAAAUGAGAAAAUAACACAGUUAUAUCAGAAUAGCCUUCUUUCGACUUCCCUUUUCUGUGGAAGAGGACAUUCUGGAGCGCUUUGGGAUUAUUUUUCUUAUUCAGUUGCGGAGGAGUAUUGCAGAGGGAGGGGUGGUAAGGUGUUCAACAUGGCGGCGCCCUACGGAGUGGGGCAAUUCUAAUUGCAGUGGAGCCUGGUCCCGGGACCCCCACCCUGGACAGGACCCCGUUCGAGCGAUAGGCGCGACCUUCGCCCUGGACCUCCGUUACCCGGGCUCGGUCUCCCGUCCCCCCGCACCAUGGCCCGGGAGCAGCCCAAUGUCGGGGACCUGCUCCCCCUGCUGGAGACCUCCGACCUGCAGCAACUGGAAGAGAUAAAGGGCCUGAUCAACGAGCAACUCAACACGGAACGAGGGUCAGUGCUGCUGAACGGCUUGGUGGACUAUUACCUGGAGACCAGCUCCUCCCAGGCUGUGCAGAUCCUAGUCUCUGUGAGGGAGCCUCAUGACAAGCACCUCCUGGAUAAGAUGAACGAGUGCCUGAGCAGACAGCCCUGUCGGCUGCCCACGCUCACCCUACUGGGCCACGUCGUUCGCAAGCAGCCGUCCUGGAUCCACAAGAUCGCCCGCUUCCCUCUGCUCAACACCCUUCUCAAAUGCCUGAAGGCGGACACUGACGUGGUGGUGCUGAUAACUGGAGUCCUGGUGCUCAUCACGCUGCUCCCCAUGAUCCCUCAGCCUGGCAAGCAGCACCUGUACGAGUUCUUCGACAUCUUCGGCCGCCUGGCCGCCUGGAACGGCAGGAACCCAGGUCAUGUGACGGACGUGUACCUGAUCCACCUGCACGCCACCGUGUACUCUCUCUUCCACCGGCUCUACGGGAUGUACCCCUGCAACUUCGUCUCCUACCUGCGCUCCCACUACAGCAUGAAGGAGAACGGCGACACCUUUGAGGAGGUGGUGAAGCCGAUGCUGGAGCACGUCAGGAUACAUCCUGAGCUAGUGACCGGAACCAAGGACCACGAGCUGGACCCCACCCGGUGGAAGAGGUUUGAGGUCCACGACAUCGUUAUCGAGUGUGCCAAAGUGUCUCUGGACCCCAAGGAGGCGUCGUACGAGGAGGGAUACUCCACCAUGCCGGAUCACUUCUCCACCCACCUGCAGCUCCGCCCGCUGGACUGCACCGCCAGCCCCUACACUGACCUGCACAGCAGCUACGGAAGUUCCUCCUCGACCCCGUAUUCGACCCCCCGCCAGCCCCUGUCCCUGCCCAUGCCCCCUCUGUCUGGCACCCAGCCCCCCCAGCGUAGCCCCCAGACCUCCCGACAGCAGAGCCUGAACUGUGAGGGUGGCUGUGGGGCCAAGGACCCCAUCUGGAGCCCCUCCUCCCUCUGUGGCAUGACCACGCCCCCGUCUCGCCUCUCCCCCGGCACCGAGCCGUCCCAGAAUGCCCCUCACCCGCUGGGCCGAACGCAGAGCGUGUCAGGUGGCAAACGGACUCCCUCCUCCAGCUACCCUGCCACCUCCUCUCCUCCCCCCUCCCUGAGCGAUCACAUGUCCGUACCCGCCAGCGCCCCUGCCCCGCGCAAGGAGGAUCGACCCACCGAAUCUUCGAAGCCCCACCUCCAGAGACAGGAGCCAAUCAGUGAGCAGGAGAAGGACAGUGGUGAGAUGGCCAAUGGCAGAGAUCCCCUGGGCGAGAACAUGAAGACCAUGACGCUCACGGAGCUGUCCGCCUUCAUGAAGGAGCAGGAGCUGGACCUGCAGCAGCGCCCGGAGAAGGAGGGAGAGGAGGACGCCAUCGCCGAGGAGCUCCUGCAGAUCACGGAGGACAAGCGCGAGGCCUCCGGCCUGCGGGGGUUCGACUCGCCGUUUUACCGCACCACCGAGACGCUGACGGGGGCCCAGGAGAAGCCGCCGGCCGCCUGCACCCCCGGCGGCGGCGGCGAGCCGCAGAACGCCACCUCCACGCCCGACAAGCCCGAGGCCCCGCCCUGGGGCGGCGGCGGGGGCGCGGCGGGGGCGGGAGCCGGCCUGGAGCUCUCCUUCCAGCCGGUCUUCACCCCCAUCGACCACCCCCUGAGGAGCCGCUUCCCCCGCUGUCCCUCGGGCCCCGAGGACGAAGGGGCCAGCCUGUUCACCCCCAGCCCCUGCGCGGCCCUGGCCCCCGCCUACGAGGCCCUGUUCGACCUGGCGCUGCCCAAGGCCGCCACGCUGUUCGUGGGGAGGCGGACGGUGGAGGCGGCGAGGAGGGCCCGCGGGAAGAGGAGCGGGGAGGGGGGCGGGGGGGAGGCGGAGGAGGAGGAGGGAGGAGACGGGGCGGCGGCCUCCUCGCCUCUGGAGGUGCUGGACCGGCUCAUUCAGCAGGGAAACGACGUCCACGACAAGGUGCUGAAGAGACUGCCUUUGCCAAGCAAGUCAGCUGACUGGACGCACUUUGGAGGUAAACAACAGAGUAUUAAAGCAAAAGGCUCGGCCCCCCUGGACGAGCUGCACACCCUGCGCAGCCAGCUGCUCCUGCUGCACAGCCAGCUGCUGUACGAGCGCUACAAGAGGGAGCAGCACGCCCUGCGCAACCGCCGGCUGCUGCGCCGCAUCAUCAACGCCACCGCGCUGGAGGAGCAGAACCACGCCAUGAAGGACCAGCUGAAGCUGCAGGACCUGGAGAUGCAGUACGUCCAGGCGAGCCUGCAGGCGGAGCAGCGCAGGUACCGGCAGCUGUGGGAGGACCGGGAGACGGUGGUCACCCGCCUGCACAGCCAGAUCCGCCAGCUGCAGCAGGGCCGCGACGAGUACUACACCAAGACCCAGGAGCUGCAGAGCAAGCUGCAGGAGUACCAGAAGAGGACGGGGGAGCUGGAGGCGGAGCUUCAGAGGGCGAACAACCAGGUGUGCAAUUCAGGGCACCAGCUCAACCAGCUGUCUGUCAAGUUGACCAGCAGUGAGACCGUCCAGCAGCAGAUGGCUGCCCUCAACAAGCAGCUCCUGCUCCUGGGGGAGGUGAACCGGCUGUGUGUGGAGGAGCUGCAGCACCUGGGGCCCCACAGCAACAAGGAGGUGCAGAUGGUGCAGGUGUCCUCUGUGAAGGACGAGGAGAAGCUCCACCAGAGCCUGGCGCAGCAGGGCCAGCGGCUGGAGGCCGCCCAGCAGCGGAUAGGGGACCUGGAGUCUCAGCUGGCCAAGAAGGAGCACCUCAUCGUGGAGCAGAAGAAGUUCCUGGAGGACGUCAAGAGCCAGGCCAGGGAGCAGCUGCAGGCCUCUGAGAGCAGGUACCAGGCUCAGAGGAGGGUCACGCAGGUCCUGCAGACGGAGCUCCUCCAGCUCUACAGCCGGCUGGAGAUGGAGAGCCCGGCCACCAGCAACUCACCAGCAGGGGGCGCUGAGUCCUUAGCGUCCACCGACUCCAGGCCUGAGGGAUGCAGUGCCCUAGGGCUGGGGGAGCAGGCGAGGGGAGACGGCCAGGGCGUGGCCACAACAAACUCCUCCCUGCCCCCCAUGGGAAACGGCAGGGCUACGUCGCCGGGGAAGCCCCCGGCCGCCGCCGCCGGCACGGCAACGAGCGUCAACGGCAGCCAGGAGCCCCUCCCCUUCCUGCUGGAGCCGCCCCAGUCCCACCACCUCUGCCCGCCCACCAGUGCCCCCCUUACCGUGGGCUCCUACCCCAGCGCCAAGAGCUUCCUGGGCAUGCGCGCCCGCGAGCUCUUCCGCAACAAGAGCGAGAGCCAGUGCGAGGAGGAGGAGGAGCCGCCCUGCCCGGCCGGCCAAUCCCAGGGCCCGAAGCCUGAGCAGGGCGUGGAGGCCGGCCAAUCCCAGGGCCCGAAGACUGAGCAGGGCGCGGAGGCGGCCGCCCACCCCGAUGCCCAGCACAGGGCCAACCACCGGGAGGCGGGCGCGGCCGGCGACGCCCGGCAGAGGCAGCAGCAGCUGAGAAUCAUGGACUACAAUGAAGCGCAUCACGAGCAAAGCUAGAAGAGAGGGGGAGGGGGGGGGAAGAUGGAACGAGGGAGAGUGUCGGCCUGCUGUUGUCAUUUCCAACCCCUGCGUGGACAGCAGGAUUUCAUCUUCGUUUAGUUUACCUUCGCUCGAUGGAAAGCGAGAACGGUGUAAAAAAAAAAAGAAAAAAGAAAAAAGAAUCUGUCAUUUUUAAUCUGUUUUAAUCUUUGAAGCUGCCCAGUCAGGUUCCUACGUUAGCCUCGCUUGUCAAACUUUCCUGUCUCAUCUGCCCAGCCUUGUAUCUGGUGAUGACUGUGGGAUAAGUAUGCACAAACCCCCUUAAUGGCAAAGCUUCGCCCGUUAACAACUUGCUAAACAAGAAGCCCGCCCUGUGCUCAUUUGGUGCGUGAAAUACCCGCCACUUUUGAUCGCAUGGCCCUCUUUUGCAUACUUCACCUCAGUUCUCUGUUGUGAGGCUGGAUACAGGGCAAGGUGCUUCUUGUAUGAGUUCAGUUGGGUCUGUUUGCUCUGCAGAUUGUGGGGAUGCUCACAGAUCAGCGAGAGAAGUGACAAGACCUGUAGUAUGACAGUAUACAACGCAGAUGCUUGAGCUAACAUUUUGGAGGCUUGUUUCCCCCUGUCUAAACCGAAUAAAUUAGUUCAAUUUAGAAUUACACAAGAAAUCCCUGAUAUCAGGACAAAAUUUCUUAAAACCCAUACAGUUACAAAAGGUUAUAUGCAUUUGAAACGUAGAAAAGUGAAGCUCAAGUAACACUGACAAAGGCUUCCUGGGAAGAGGAGGCGGGACAGGCAAUUACGGUGCGAAGUUAACACGCCUGUCUAUUCGUGUGUUUGUGUUUACAGCACAUUGCCAGCGGUCAGAGGAGCUCGUUCAUUAUUGUAAUUUUAGAGACGUGUUUAUUUUUAUCAUAUGAAAUGGACUUCGGUUUUUCCGGUCUCUAGACGCGAGUAGUUUCUGGCAGGGAUAGGAAGCAUGUGCGCGCGGAUCUCGAGCACUGGGUACCAAAGCGAAAAAACGGCUUUCGGAUUAUGGGCGGACUAAACGGUGUAUUAGAGCGAGCCAUUAUGAUAAACCUUUAAAGCGGCAGGUUAUGAGACCUCACGCUGCUCUAACCUCUGGGCCCUCCGGAGAGUUUACAAUCCAACAGCAUCCGCAAUAACGAAGGCGGGUAUCUCGCGAAGCUGCGUAAUGUCCGGCGGGACUGCUGUCUCGUUUGUCCCUUCGGGUUUUCAGCAGUGUGGAGUUUAUUAUAGUAAUAAUGCAUUGGAGAUGGCAAUAAUGCGACUCCCACGCUCAAACCGUGGUAAUAAACCGGAUUUUAUAGACUGAAACUUGAGCCGGGGUACUGUGUUUGAAAACGGCAUGUGUUGCGCUCACUUCGGUUAUAUGUUCCCUUAUUCUGAAUUCUCGAAGGAUCUGUGAGCUAGUCGGUAACGCAUCUUUACAUUUUGUAAGAUUAUUGCCAUGGUCUAUACCAGGGAUCUGCAAGGAAUGUCUGACUUCGUAAGCAAAAACCUUUCAAUUUCCGCUGAGAACCCGCGCUUUGCGCUCGAGCCUGCCUUCGGCGAACAGCUUCCGGGAUUGAGAGCUUGAAUGUGUUUUCGAAGAUUCUCCCCACAACUGCAGACGAGCAGAAUAUUAGGACGCAUUCAUAUUUCAGGACAUAUUCAGUGCUAGUUAUUUCUUUGGCUUUUUAUGAACUAUGCAUAGUGCCAUAAAUUGAAUCGGGUGUCGUUUAAGCCGUUUGAGAGAAGCGUUCUCCGGUCAGUGUUCUGUCCACAAGGGGUUGUGGUAGCACCAGUCAUUUCAUGAACGUACUGAAGUGAAUGUCAAAGCAUACAUGCACAAACCAAGCAACACGACACACAACAUUGAUGGAAGUGUUUUGUGCACCCAUCUUGUGUUCCACAGGCUCACACACACACACACACACACACACACACACACACACACACACACACACACA